AUGAAUCCGGCGGCCGCUAACUCGAUGCCAGUGCCGGGCAAAUAUAGCUACAUACAUAAGGUCAUAGAUGGAAUCUCAGUGGCUGUGAAUCAUGUUCAAAUAGACUUCAAUUGUGAUGCUUUCACCAGUAGUGUUCAGAUCACAAGAGUUGUGGUUGAGUCUCGGACGCCGGAGGGUCGUAAGGGAGACUUAAGACUGACUAGAAUCAAAUCACCCGACACAGGACAGCUACUGAUAUUCAAGGAAUUGGAGUGGCAAAGUGCUAGGAUAGAAGCAAAAGCUCAUGGUGCUGCCUCAGCUAAUCUACCACCGUUACGAUUGCUGCUCGGCAAUACACAAUGUCGCAUCGUUAUAAAAAAGCGCCUCUCAGAUUGCGCGGUGUUGGGUUCGCGGUUGGCGAUAAGGCCGGAACCUCUCGCGUGGGCUUUGACGGACGGUCAGCUGCGCGCGGCACUAGCGUGCGCCGCCGCACUCGCGGAGCCCGUAAAGAAGGCCACCGCCGCCGCUACCAGGGCCAAAGCACUCAAGAAGAUUGAAGAGCCCCGCGAACAGAUACAUAGCAGAACGAGUGGAGGUGAUCGCGACAUAUUGGCCCGUAUGUUUGCUAAACACGAUGUACGAGAAACAUCAUACCACUUGUUGGCACCUAGGAUCGAUUUACAUUUAUGCGACGACCCAGGAUUGGGGAGAUCAGAGAAGCCUUCGUUGUCUUCCGGUGGAGCGUUACAGCUGACGUUAGUGAGCAUGCAGGCGGAUCUGUUCCCGUAUCAUAAGGCAACGGACACAAGAGCACACUGGCGAGGAUACAGAGAAGCAGCUACACCUCACAGCCAAUGGUUGUCUCAAUCGCUAUCAUCAUUUUGUGCAACACUACUCGAAUGUUUGGACCCGAGACCUGUAACACCCAGUAACAAGCCUCAACAUACGGAGAAGUCGGAGGAGCAGAUGUCUAACGGUAUCGGUCCCCGCCCCGCUCACUCUGCCCCUACGCCUACUGCGACCCCUUCUGGCUCACAAGCGUCACCACCAAGAAAUAGGAUCCUGCAGCAGUUAGGGAAACUAAUGACGACAUGUCUCGUUCUCAGAAUAGACGAUUUUACGGUCUAUAAGGUAUCGACGGGUUCGAAAGGUCGUGAAGCGCCUCGGGCGUUAGUAAGCGCUGAAAAGGCGACAUUGCCUGGCGAUGCGGGGUUACUGCACGCCGAAUUAACAUUUUUCUACUAUCCAGGCGACGUAUGUUUGCCAGUUCCAUCGCCGAAGUUAUACGUGCAGCUGAGUCCGGUGCGCGUGUGCGUGGACGUGGCCAGCGUGGUCUGGCUGGGCGCGUUCCUGCCGCACGUGGCGCGCGCCUCGCAGGCGGCCGCCGCCGCCGCCGCCGCAUCGCACGACGACCCGCUGUACGUGGACGUGCGCGCCGAGGCGAUCAUGCCCAAGAUAGUGUUAGAAGCGGGAUCGGAACACGUGUCUCAGCAGCGGGAUCGACCGAGGGAAUUGCACAUAUGCACGGCGCGGGCGACGCUCACCAACGUGCGGGAACCAGGCCGGGCGAACUCAGCCGGCACACGGGCUGACUUAGCGGCCAUCUUGGCAGCACUGAGACGAUCAGCCCCAGCUACCGGACAGUUUCCAUGCGCGCACGACGAUUUAGAUCCCAUACACGAACAAUUCAUUUUGCACGCAAAUAAUUUGGAUGAUAUCGAUCGCGGCACAUCUAUGAGGCCUGAACUAUUGUGGCGGGAGAAUCGCGGCGUUUGGUGCGCUCGUACUGAACCUCUGUGGGCGGAUACUGCGGGCGCACGUGCCGCUGGAAGACCCGCCCCUUUACUAGACGCCGUCCCGCUCACAGCAUGGCUGUGCUUCGACGAGGGUCUGUCACGCAUUUGGUGUGUAGCCAGAACUUGCGGGCUAGCGGGACUUCAGUUGAACCACUACCAGAUGCUAUUCCUUUUCCGUCAACUGGAGAGAAUAUCAGAAAUGGCAGCGUGGUUAGCACAUGACGCUAGCAGGCAACCAGAUGCCGAUGAAGGAUCGAUAGUGCUGGGACUGGUUGUCCCAGCAGUGGAACUGACCGUCGUACUGCCGUCCGUUUGUCCCGGUCAGGAGUCAUCCAGAGAUCUGGACAGUGUUCCACUUGACUCGUCCAGUUUGCAGGAUUUGAAACUAGGUAAACUUUUAAAAAGUUUAGGUAUUUUAUUCUGUUUAAAAAGAACUUAUGUGUUUAUUAUAAUUAAAAAAAAAACACGAAAAAGUAUUACUGAAAGGGCAUUUGGUAAAUUUAAAAUUUUUUUCUUACUUGCUAUAACGCCGUGUACCAUUUAUUCAAAACGUCAUUUCGAUGUGUACACAAACAGAUUGAUUCAUAUUAACCAUCAUUCAGUCGACAUUACUUCGAGUUACUUUUUUAAAGGUUCGAUCGAUUUUAAACUUAAACCUGUAAAUAGUUAAGUUCAAAAUUGUCUGUCGUGCGUGACUUUUUAGAUAUAAAUAUUUGAAACGUGUAUAGGUUCAGAGUCUACGAUGGCUCCGUCUAUGAUAGACAGAGACAGUGGUGUUAUGGCGACCACGUCAGUGGAGGUGUACUCUACUCAACCGUUACCUGCUGACGAAGUACCGCCUAGUCCCGUCCUCAACUUUGGUGGUUUCUCUUCGAUGCGACGUGGUCUGACGUCCCUGGUGACAUCGAUAGAUAGUGCGCUGACGCGCGACGACGCCCGCAGCGACGCCGCCUCCACCGCUAGUUCGGACAGCGAACGAUACGUGGUCGUGGGACUGGCGGCUGAGUCGCCUGACGACGCCGACGUAGCGUUUAGGUAAUAAUGAAUUUAGGUAAUGACAGAUUGGGAUAUCGAUUCCUAAUAAUAUUUGUAAGUAGGGAUGAUUGUAAUAGUAUAUAAAGCACAUCAAGUUAUAUAUAUAUAUUUUUAAUGAAUGAUUUCAAAUUCUACUUGUGCCAAAUUAAAGUUAAAAAUCUAUUUAAAAAAUGUCACUGUUAUAUAAAAUUAAACUAAUUGAUAAUUUGUCAUCGUAGAGAGUUCGAACACGGUCGUGUAUCGAGCAGCGUUGAGGUGGCCGCUGAGGUGGUGGAACGUUCAUCAUCACCCAGCGACCACUCCGUCACCAGUUCCUGCAGGAGGCGAGACGUGAUAUCUACGUGUACGUGGCGUCUGAACAACAUUCACGUGGUACAUCAAAGCGUCAGCGGACGUUCCCGUCUGCGAUUGGCCGCGGAUGGACUCAGUACGGACGAGUGCUCCGCCAUACCGUGGGACGAGUUCCAGGUAAUAUGAGUGUUAUAUGUGAAUUGAUUAUGUACACAAACGUCAAAAUGAAACAAUACUAUAUUUAUAAUACGGGUGUAUACAGUAAACGAAAGUAAAAACCUUUUUUUUUCUCUGGUAAUAUUUAAUAUACUAUUUCCGUUAAUCACACUUUUAUACUUAAUAUAUUUAUAAUAUUGCUAAAAUUAAUUAUGAAAAAACAAUAAUUUUAUACUCUUUGUCACGUGACCGCAAACAGCGCAUGAGGUCACGCCCCUCUUACUCAUAUCAGUGCUUAGAGAAUUCAACCUUAUUUAUACAUAAAACUA